CACACUGCUCUGGUAGGAGUGACUCGUUGACUGCGGCGACCGCAAUUUCGCCAACAUGGGAGCCGCUUUGGGAUUUAUUCUUAACGGAUUUUAAGAACCGUCGCGAAAAUGGCAGAGAGGUUGGAGUGGGUGGAAAUCAUCGAGCCGCGCACGCGGGAGCGCAUGUACGCCAACCUACUGACGGGCGAGUGUGUGUGGGACCCUCCGCCGGGCGUGUGCAUCAAGCGGACCGGGGACAACCAGUGGUGGGAGCUGUUUGAUCCCAACACCUCGCGCUUCUACUACUACAACGCCUCCACCCAGCGCACAGUGUGGCACCGGCCCCAAAGCUGCGACAUCAUCCCCCUGGCCAAGCUGCAAACUCUGAAGCAGCACACAGAUGCCUCCAUCCCCCGCCCCACCAGAGGAGGAGGAGGAGGAGGAGGCAGAGCGUCGGCUGAAAACAGCCCGGGACGAAACAGCGGGGUCAGCCGAGAGGGAAGCACCUCCUCCUCCCUCGACCAGGAGCUCUCUGACAAACAGGGCAACAGAGAGGAAACAGACAGGACUUCCCCUUUCAGGUGGAACACCGGUACGAAGGAGCGAAUGCUAAUCAAGGUGACAGACAGAGAGCCCAGCUUCUUGGCCCACCAGGGAAAUGGUUACUCUCCCUGCGACCCCCCCACCCCUGGUCCUCCUUCUGGAGGGGGCACCGCCUCACGAACUCGCCGUUGCUCUGGAGGAAACCCUCCUACAGAUCCCGAAGGCUCCCCCGUUCUCUACAGCGAGCGUCGUCAGUCUCCUUACCUGAAGCGGGCCGAGCUGGGCGGCACCGGCACCAACCGCCGCUCCUCCGCCGACUCCCAGCCCCCCUCGCCCCGCUACGCCUACGAACCGCCGCUGUACGAGGAGCCGCCAUCAGAGUACCAGCCCCCUCCCAUCUACGAGGAGCCUCCAACCGACAUGCACCUCGCCGACUCCGCCUUCUACGGCACCGGGAAGUCAUCUGCUCGCAAGACUUCGGGCCCCCUCUAUCACUCCCCCAACAAGGGCCAGUCGCCCUACGGCCAGCUGGUUCUGACCAGGCAAAAGUGUCCAGAGAAGACGCAGAGUCUGGAGUACAGCCCCGUGGGGAAGGAGUACGUCAAGCAGCUGGUAUACGUGGAGCAGUCAUCCUCCAGCCCCCGCUUCAAGACCGCCGACCGCCUGAUGCGUUACGGCACCACGGGGGGCUUUGGGGGCUCAUACGGAGGGUCGUACACCCUGCAGCACAGCCAGUCUCUGAUCAGGGACCCCCGCCUUCUGCUGGACUACAGUGCGGAGGGUGGAGAGGGGGGCCAGAGGUUGCUCUAUGAGGACUCCAUAUCCUGGACUUCCAGUCAGACCCACUCCCUCUCCUCUUCCUCCACAGGCGGUCCGGGGGCUUUCUCUCCCGGAGGUAACCGUAAACGCAAGAGCCGCAAGCCGUCCCUCCCCCAGGAGCUGGCCCGCUGCGGGGGCCCGGAGGGGGAGCUGACGGGCACAGCCUCCGAGGCCAUGCUGGCCCAGGCCCGGCUGGCGUGGGAGGCCCAGCAGGUGAUGAAGCAGAGGAGCAGUUGGGACUCCGGGCAGGGCAGGGGGGAGGCCCAGGGCGGAUGUUCAAAAGACGGGUACGAGAGCGACGGGGCGCUGCCUCUGCCGUUACCGGGGCCCGUGGUGAGGGCCUUCAGCGAGGACGAGGCGCUGGCGCAGAGCGACGGGCACCACUGGAGGCGGCACACCUUCGACCGGCUGGGCUUCCCGCAGGCCCUGCUGGAGAAGAGCCUCUCCGUCCAGACCAGCCUGGCCUCGCCGGAGCCUUACCUCCACCCCUCACAGUCGGAGGACCUCGGAGCCUGUGCCCAGUUUGAGGCCAGUCGAAAUGCCAGGAAUAUGAUGCCGAGCGCCAGCUGUGGCAUUUUCCCAGAAUUCACCCUGAGAAAGCCCUCCUCGGAGACAGACAUCGAGAACUGGGCGUCCAAACACUUCAACAAACACACACAGGGUCUCUUCAGAAGAAAGGUGUCCAUUGCCAACAUGCUGGCCUGGAGCAGUGAGCCCAUCAAGAAGCCCAUGAUCGUGACGUCCGACCGCACCGUGAAGAAGGAGGCGGUGGACAUCUUUAAGCUCAUCCAGAACUUCAUGGGGGACCGCCGCUCCAAGGCCGACACCCUCGCUGUGGCUCUGGAGGUGGUGGUGCGCGGCUGGAGUAACCAGGGUCUGCGUGAUGAACUCUACAUCCAGCUGUGCCGCCAGACCACGGAGAACUUCCGCUACGACAGCCUGGAGCGGGGCUGGGAGCUGAUGGCCAUCAGUCUGGCCUUCUUCCCCCCCACACCCCGCUUCCACGCCUACCUGGAGGGGUACAUCUGCAGACACAUGGACCCCCAGAACGACACCAAGGGGGUGGCCAUUAGCAGCUAUGCUAAAUACUGCUACAGGAAACUGACUAAAGCUGCUCUGACUGGUGCCAAGAAGGGCCUGCAGAAGCCCUCUCUGGAGGAGAUCCUGCACGCCAGGAACGCCAUCUUCAGUCCCUCCAUGUUUGGCUCCUCCCUGGAGGAGGUGAUGGCGCUGCAGAAGGAGCGUUACCCAGACAACCAGCUGCCCUGGGUGCAAACCCGCCUCUCUGAGGAGGUGCUGGGGCUCAACGGAGACCAGACAGAAGGUAUCUUCAGGGUACCGGGAGACAUCGAUGAAGUUAACGCCCUCAAACUGCAAGUGGAUCAAUGGAAAAUCCCCACAGGACUGGAAGACCCGCACAUCCCAGCGUCUCUGCUGAAGCUGUGGUACAGGGAGCUGGAGGAGCCUCUCAUCCCUCACGAGUUCUACGACGAGUGCAUCAGUCACUAUGACAACCCAGAGGCCGCUGUCACCGUGGUGCUGGGUCUGCCACACAUCAACAAACUGGUGCUGUGCUACCUCAUCCGCUUCCUACAGGUUUUCGCCCAGUCUGACAAUGUGACCAUCACCAAGAUGGACGUGAACAACCUGGCCAUGGUGAUGGCCCCCAACUGCCUGCGCUGCCAGUCCGACGACCCCCGGGUCAUCUUCGAGAACACCCGCAAGGAGAUGUCCUUCAUCCGGGUGCUCAUCCAGAGGCUGGACACCAGCUUCAUGGAUGGAAUUCUAUAGCCCCCCACCACACGCAAACACAGAACCACACACACACACCGUCCAUAAUGAACCCCUUACGCUCCCGUUAACCCCCCCGCCACUCCCUCCCCCAGCACAUCGUACACACACACAUCGUUGCCUCUCCGACAUGUUUACUUUUCUGGGACUUACAAUACUGCCUUGUUUUACUGCUGUACAUUUUCAGUUGAGCCAGUUGUUUUUUUCUAUCUCUCUGUAGAUGUAGUCCUUUAACUGACAUUUACUGAAGAAAGAAAACACUAUUUCUGUUGCAAGGUUUUCAUAUGCUUACAGCACUGUGUGUGCCUUCACAUGCAUUAUUACACACAUACAGUCUGAAGAAACAGCAGGGAGCUCAUCAGGAUCUUUUAUUUUUUGGCUUGACGUCGGUGUCUCCGACACUCUCUCAAGGGUUCAUUUUAAAUCUGUGUUUUGUACCAAAUUAUUUCGUUUUCCAACACUGUCACACUGAAAUUAACAUACACAUAGCCGUACAUGCACAUUCUUAAAAGUCCUUUCCCCAGAGUUUCACCUUCUGCAGAUCCUGCAGUGUACGAUAGCAUCUAACGCAACUAUCACUGAGGUGAAUGAUGCAUUAACAUGUCGCUCACACUAAGCUAAGCAAUGCGUUUGUAUGGUUCAGUACCAGAUUUUCACAAGAUGUAAAGCCUGACUGCAACAUUCCCUCAGUACUGUUAUACUGCUGAGAUAUUGCUCAGACAGAAGGGUAAAGGUGAGCCUGGGUCCAACAUGUUUAACACUGCCACAGCUGGGACAGAAACCAGAUGACAAAACAUCUGGGUGACAUCAUUCCAUUAGUCAGGUGUCCAACUUUAAACAAGUGUAGCUGUAAAGAAAGACAGUGAUAGGGGCUUCAUCAGUUCUAGUUGUUGUUCAAGGCUCCAAGAUGUCCCCCAUCUUGGCUUUAUACACACAUUCGCAUAAACUGUUUUCAGCUUGUUUUAAUUGUUAAGCCUGAAGUGAACACAGCAUACAUCAUUGAUGAAUGAUUUUCAAUCCUUCCAUUAAUUUUCCAGGCAUUUCUGUUUUAAGUUAGUUGAUUUAAUUCAUUAUAUCAUUAGGAAAUAAUGUGAUGUAUUGCUGGGAAAAAGUGACAAAACUACAUUGAUGAAUAAAUCUACACCACAUUGUCACUAGUGGUUUUCCAUCAUACUUUCAUACCGUGUAUGACAUUGAGGGAAGUAUUAAAGUGCAUUCUAUAUGGCAUUAGAAAGGUCUCAGAGAAACCCUGUUUAUACUUCUGUAACUGUUGUAUGCAUAUAUACACCUUUACUAUACUACUAACACACAACAUAAUAUUAGUACAUUAGACAAAAUGAAGAAUUUGGACAGCUCUGAGAACAGGCUCCAUGCUAACAGUUAGCAUACUUUAGCAUAUAGUCAGCUAUGUUGAGUCUAGUGCUAAACCAUUAUCCAAUUCUGUUGAGUGUUUGCAGGCACACUACUUAAAGUACCAUCUAUAUAGAAGCUAUAAGCUAAAACAAAGAAGACAAAUGUAAAAAUAAUUUUAAAGCCAUCCGACUGACUACAUUUGGUUGUAUUAGCUAACUUUAGCUAGCUAACUUUAGCCACCACAAGCUAAUGGUCGCACUCGAACAUUUGAGACUGUAACCGACAAACCCCAGUAUGUUUUUCAGGGAGCAUUAUUAUGAUUGUUUUAAUGUUCUCUAUACGUUUGCUUUAUACAUACACAAUGGUCAGUGGUAGUGCUCUACUGUUUGUAACAGUCUUGUAUUCUACAGCGUUAGGUCAUCUUGAGGGAAUCUGGUCAUGUCUGUCCUGCAGUCCCUGAACACAGUGCUCCAGGAAUAGGGACGAUUGCAGCACUGCCAAUCAGGCUCCAUCAUAAUGUUCAACACAGCAUGCUCACACACACCCCCCACACACCUGACCCCCUUCCCUUCACGACUGCGCCCCAACAGGCCUUUCUGCUCACUAAUGAUUUGUGAAUGUGUCCGUCCGUCUGUCAUUGUUUACAAAAUGUACCCAUCUCUUGUGUCUAUCUUGGUCUACGGGCGAGUACUGUUGUUUAUUGUAAUUCAUUUUGCUGUAUUUAACAGAAUUUCUAUGUUUUUUAACCUAUUCAUUUUAUAUGAUUUAAUUUAUUUAUAUUUAUUUGAGAUUUCCUUCAUGCCUUCUCAAUAUAUUGUAAUGUAGGCUCCAAGUGAGUGUUUUUGUUACAGCGCAAGUGUGUGUGUGUGUUGUGCGACUGUAGUUGUCAGUAUGACUGUGUGAAUGUUGCUGUGCUAGUUUGAUUCAUUUGGCUUUUUUGGUGAAAACGAACCAUCGUGAAAAAACACUUCCACCUUAAAGGUCCAGAUGACACUCAGACUCACAGGUCGUAUUUGGCUAAAUAUUGUGUGACGACUGAGUUGUGUCGCUGUGUGUGUGAAGUGCACCUCACUCACUUAACAUACACACUCCACAAAGAUGUACAUUGACACUUUAAAGUCUGUAAAAUAAGUAUAUAGAGAAGAAAAACACCAUAGGUUACAGUGGAAGUUCAUUUUCUUAUUUCCUCCCAUGUUGGUGUACAUUUUCGUCACUUUUAUGGAGGCAAUUCGAACACAUCUCCAGAGUUCCUUUCGAGUACCACAAAGUGUUUUUAAGCCCUGAUACCUUUAACUGUGUGUCUGUUUCAUAUUCUGCAAGAAGUGAUUUGUCUAGAGGGUUUUUUUUUAUUUAAGUAAAGUUCUGUGAAAGAUUCGUUGUUGAGAUUAUAGGUCUCAGAAUUUGGCAGCUGUUUCACCGUGCUGCGAAUAUUCUGUGCAAAGAGAGACAGACUAGCUACUUAACCCCACACAAAUUGAUGCUAACGUCCUGUCCUCAUAGUGGGGUUGCCAGGUUUAAACACUGUCCUAACUGCACCAAACGCAGGUUACUAAGAGAUGAAUUGGUGACUAAGGCUAACAAGAAGCUUCAUUAAAAGUUUGCUUCCUAUCUGCUAACGGAGACUUUUGGACAUACCAGAUUACCACGACAGUUUUAAACUUUUAAAUGUUUUCACGUUAUUGUUAUUGAGGACCUAUUUUCUUGUUUAAGGAAAGCUCAUUUGUCCAGCCAAUCAUUUCUUAGAGAAAAUUCAAAUUAACUCAAAAAUAAUAAGAAAUCAUAUGAACAAACGUAUCCCUUAUUUGACAACUGACUUCUUUAUGAUGUUUGAAACGGCCAUUUUGUUCCCUCUGUAAAUUCACAGUGAAUGCCAGGCUGAAAUAUCGCGGCAGUGUGUACGAGUGUGUAAGUGGUGUGUGUUUGUGCGAGUGUCAUUGUUUUAUGUAAGAGAUGGUUGUAGAUAGACCCGGCAAAUCAACCGAUUAGCAUGCAGACAUAGGGUCUUCACUCUCUUCGACUUGAAUUUACUAAAAAAUAUGAGAAUAUACAAUGAAAAACUAAUUUACAGAAAAUAAGUGUUACAGUAUUUAGCUUUAAAAAAUCCACUAAGAAAAAGAUUAAACUCUUUUAAUCCGUUUUUUCUGAUUGUUUUUUCUACUUGGUUCCUACUAAUGAUGAUUUGGUAGUCGAUGUCGAUGCUGUUCGUCUAAUUUAAAGAAAAUGACCGUGAGGAGGAGGAGGUGUGAGAUAGCUGCUGUGAAACUUCUCUUCACCUCGACGUCAAUCCUCCAAGUUUUUCUUCGGUUGUAUCUUAAUGUCCACUGUCACUCACACUCUGUCCGAGGGAAGACUCUGGAAGUGUAACGGAUGUUGGUUUAAUAAAAGAUUCAAAUGUCAAA